AUGCAGACCCGCAUCGUCAAAGUAGACGCCCAAGGGCUGGGUAGCUUCACGAACAACACGGGGCCUGAGAGACUCAGCACCUGGCAGAUUAGCUCCUCCGCUUCAGGCCACUCAAUAACUGCCCUCCGUGAUGCGGCAGAGUACAUGCGCACCGAGGCCACGCCCGUGGCCUUCCCAACCGAGACGGUUUACGGCCUGGGCGCCGACGCCACCAGGAGCGAUGCUGUAAAGGGCAUCUACUCGGCCAAGGGCCGGCCUUCGGACAACCCGCUGAUAUCCCACGUCUGCGAUCUCGACAUGCUCAGAGGUCUGCUGCGAUCACGCGAGACGAACGGCGAUGCUGCCAAGGACCCGAUUCCUGAGAUUUACAAACCGCUCAUUGAGAAGUUCUGGCCCGGACCCCUGACGAUUCUUCUCAAGAACCCUUCGCCGAGCAAGCUCGCGCCUGAAGUCACGGCGGGGUUGACGAGCUUCGGUGUGAGGAUGCCCUCAUCGCCUUUGGCGUUGACGCUCAUCAAGCUAGCGAACGUCCCUCUGGCUGCGCCUUCAGCGAAUGCGUCCACUAAGCCUUCGCCGACUACCGCGCAGCACGUCUUCCACGACCUAGAGGGCCGCAUUGAGCUUAUUCUAGACGGCGGAGCGUGCCAAGUCGGCGUGGAGAGCACAGUCGUGGAUGGUCUUUGUGACCCGCCGGUGGUGUUGAGGCCGGGAGGAGUUAGUAUGGAGGAGCUGCGAAGCUGUCCUGGAUGGGAGGGCGUUGUCAAGGGGUACAAGGACGAGAGCGAGACGGGGAAGUCGGCGCCGCGGGCACCGGGUAUGAAGUACAAGCACUACAGCCCCAAGGCGAAGGUUGUGCUCUACGAGUAUGCUUGCCCAGCGGGUGCCGAGGGCAUCGUGGCGGAGGAUCUGCACAAGGCGCUGCUCCAACAGAAUGGAGAUGCCACGGCGGUAAACGGCGACGGUGCGGCUUCUGUCAGGAUAGGAAUCAUCCGGACGAGGAGGUGGAAGAUUGCUGGAGGCUUGCACCACGGUGCGCUCCAGGUUUCCAAGGUCCACGUAGACGGUGCUGCGGAGGCGAACGCGAGGGAUGAAGCGACGUACGAAGUCCAAGAAGGCGAGCUUCAAGAUGCCGAGGACAGGCCUAUGGCUACGGUGCUUGACAUCGACUUGGGAGACGAUAUUAGAGGGAUCGCGCAGGGCUUAUUUUCGGCGCUCAGAGAUUUGGAUAGAAGGGGCGCCAGCGUCAUCUUCGUAGAUGGUAUCGACGACAGAAACGACAUUGCAGAGGCGGUAAUGAACAGGCUCCGCAAGGCUGCCUCCGAAAUUCGGGCAUAG